AUGAGUAGCUCCUCCUCCCGCUCCCGGCGUCCAUCGUCCCCGCCUUCGCUUGCCUCAGAACGCCUGGUCACUGAAUUGCGUCCUGUCAUUGCGUCAAUAACCGAUGUUUGCAAUCAGGAGGCUGAGUCUGUUCACAAUGUCCUCCGUGCAACUGAAAAUCUCUUCCGGUUGCGUCACACCUUUAUCGAUGAUGAGAACACGAGGGGCGCAAAAGAUAUUUUCCGCCAGCUGCUGGGAUUCCCAACUUUACUCCGACUACUACGGGAAAUAGGGGAUAUAUAUGACCCUGCGGCUUUGUCGAGGGAGGAGAGGAAAGGCCUUCUAGGCCUAGCGAAAGAUAUCCAUGGCGUCCUCGCUGAGAGCCUGAAAGACCAUCCCGGAAACAAGAGAUACUUCGUCAAAAAGCUAGAUUCUGGUGGUGUUACCCUGUUGGAGAGUAGCCUGUCGCCAUUAUGCAGGAAACUUAGUCAGAAUGCUGAAGAUGCUACCGGCCCUGAAGCUACUGACAUUGAGCAGUUUUAUGGCGGACUCCUCGCUGCGGCUCUGGGACAAGAGAUGUUCUCUGACUUUUUCACUGUGAUCAGGAAAAAGGUUCAGCCGAACAAUGACAGCUCAAACUCUUCAGUAGUACGAGAAGUUGUUGGUGAAAUUCUAGGGCCAUCGGAAACAAUCGAAAAUGGCGAGUUCGUGGGGCCCCUUUUAAAGCUUUGGCUGGCGCAGUCAUCGGAUUUUCCGAACUCAAUCCAACUUCUGGCCUUUCCGGCGUGCUUGAUUCAUCUAGCAGAGCAGUCUCGACGCAAUUUAUUAGCACUCCAUUCAACGGGCAUGCUGAGCAGCCUUCUCCAAAUUGUUACAGAUUCAAAAAGGCUCGGGCCAGACCGGGACCUGUAUCGCCAACUUGCUAGCAUUCUUUGCUCUGAAGGCAUAAAUAGUUUGGAAGAUGCCGCCCAGCUCUAUCGAGCGGCUCAUGACUCCCCUACUGUUUUAAAAUUCCUUCUAGAUGCCAUCAAGUCGUCGAAGAAUCCCGCGUGUAUUCAUUUUGACCUCUCAAGGCAUGGCUACUCUUCCCUUGAGUUGCCGGCGUUGGGCAAACCAUUUCCCCCCACUCAUUCCGCUGGAUAUACCCUUGCCGUGUGGGCGCGCUUCGAUAACUUUGACCCGGAUGCCCACACCACAAUAUUUGGAGCUUUUGAUCCUAGCCAAGCUUGUUUUGUACUUGCAUAUAUUGAAAAGGAUACUCGUAAUUUUAUCCUCCAGACUUCAAUGAGGGGGGCGCGCCCGAGUGUUCGUUUCAAGUCAGUGAUUUUUGCUCCUGGGAAAUGGUACCAUAUAUGCAUUGUCCAUAAAAGACCACGACCUAUGUCAUCGUCAAGGGCUACAUUAUUUGUCAACGGAGAGUUUGUAGAGCAGUUAAAGCCCGAGUACCCAUCUCUUCCAGCUGUUUCUGUCCCUAACCGCGUGCCUCGAGUCCAGGCUUUCUUGGGUACUCCGGAGGACUUAGCAACCAGACUUGGCAAAGGGGUAUCAACGUCCCGAUGGUCCUUGGCAUCUGCCAUCUUAUUCGACGAGGCAUUUACGGACGACAUUAUAGCGGUUUUCUACCAUUUGGGCCCACGAUAUCAUGGGAAUUUUCAGGAUUGUUUAGGUUCAUUCCAAACCUACAAGGCAUCUGCUCAGUUGAAUCUACGCAACGAGAGUCUCCAUCCUGGUAAAGAAGACCAGUCGGAUAUUGUUGCCGUUAUUCGCCAGAAAGCCAGUACCCUGAUCCCGGAAAGCUCCGUCCUCCUGAAUAUAUCACCAAUGACAGUCCUCGAUGAUGAUGAUAGCAAUAACAUCGACGAAUCCCAGUUGGUGAAGUCGUUGUCAAAGCAGGCCGCUAGAAAUUUGAAUCAUCUCACCAAAGCUGGUGGAAAUGCUGUCGCUGUCAAUGGUGCCAUUCCUGCAAUAAAUGAUGCUUUGACACAAGCACGUGGUGUUGCUACUCUGACUGGAGAUCCUGUUGUGACUGUACCACAGUCAUUAGACGAUGCUAGUUGGAGAAUUGGCGGUUGUGCUGCACCACAUCUCAGCUUGAUUGAAGCAGCAACCACACCCGAAAGCAUUUGUAUUGCUGUGGAAUCUUUGUUCGAAGCCGUUCAAGAUAACUGGAGAAAUAGUGAGGCGAUGGAGCGUGAGAAUGCCUACAGUGUACUUGCCAUUCUCCUUCGUGAGAAGCUUGGCCUUUCAUCCCACAUUCAGAAUGCCAUUUCGAAGCCUACCGCUCUGUUUCCGGCCCCGGAACACCGCACCGGGUUAGCCAUGGAGAUUCUGCUCCUAAUUCUAAAAUUUGUUGGCUAUGACUUCAAGGACCCGAAAGAGUCUGUAAUUACUAACCCACUAGCGUAUCGAGUCCUUCUUGUUGACUUGGACAUCUGGAGGCUUGGAGAUCUGCCUUUGCUUGAGAUAUACUACUCUCAAUUUGUCACAUUCUGCUCUGAGUGCCGGCAUCACCGAUUCAAUACCAAGCGUCUUUCACGAAUGCGUGUCGUCAAGAAGCUCCUGGAUGCGAUUAAAGGGGAGAGCUUCACGGCGGAAUCUAUCAAACUUUUUGUUCCUUCACUUAGUUCAUUAGUAAAAUCAUGCAUGUCGGCGGAAAUUCUUCGGUCCCUAGCACUGUUCAUCACCUACUCCAUUCACAGUGUGAAGCGGCAGACAAACUUGCAGAAGAAAAAAGCCGCUCGGUUCGAUUCUCGGUUUAGACAGCCCAGGUUGGCUUAUUCCCUACAUUCAGAAAAAACGUACCUCUCAAAAGCUCAAGUAGCAAUCGAAGUCUUAAAAGCGUAUACCAACAUCGUUUGUAAAGAGAACGGCACGACGAAUAUUGCGAAAUUUGCGAGAACUGUAACCAACAAGUGGCUGCUAUACUUAAUCUUAGAAGACAAUCCCGAAGUCGUGGUGCUGGCAACCACUAUUCUUGCUAGAUUACUAGUAACCCAUGGCAGCAGCUAUACGAGGAAGUUUGCAGACAAAUCAGGUGGAUUCGUCAUUAUGCGACGACGUCUGAGACGCUGGUGGCAUAUUCCUGCGCUGUGGCCGAUUUGCUUCGCUAUUUUGUUCGGGAAAGAUGUUGCACAAUUAGACCUGGACCGACCUUUCGACCACUUCGGAUUUUUAGAUUUAUUUAAUUCUAAUGGGGAGUUGAAAGUUCUCUUCCCUGAGAUUCUUCCCGUCGUUACAGGAAUGCUCGAAGCCGGCCUCAAAGCGACAGUCCUAAGGAGCAGCGAACCAUCCGCUCUCAAAGAUACCGAACAACUCGGUAGAACCCGUGUAAAUCGACGCUCCAUGUCAAGCGCAACGCCGCCAGAUGUUGCCGCGAUAAAUGCGUGUUCUGAGUCGAAUAUUGAACUGCUAAACACAGUCGUUGGCUUCCUCGCGGAUAUCCAUGUCAAGUCUCAACACUUUCGUGACUUUGCUGUGACGUCCACCUAUGUGCAAGAGCUCCUUUUCCUCCUGUUCCCUGUCGUAGUUGGCUCAGAUGCAGUCAGCGCCGACGUAGAGCUUAAUUCCCAGUCCGUCGGGCUGACUUUUGGAGCGCGCGAUGUGGUUAUUCGCCCGCUCUCAAAUGCUCGCCCGGUUCUACGCACUACAACUGUGGAUAAUUCAGAACCCCAUGGUGGUGGAACUGGCCUAAGACGGCGUUCCUCCUUCGUUCUCGUGUCAUCUGAUAAGUCUCAGCAUUCUCCAUCUUUGGCUCGACUCCGCCAGGCCGUUGCUCCGAAAUCCGAAAGUGUGAACCCCCCACCCGCUCAUUCCAUUGUACAAGGGGUUUUGGAAGUGGUUGCGGCGGUUAUUAUUGACCAAGUGCUCACAAGAAAGGACUUCUCCGAAUUGGCCCUCCACUUGGCAACCCCUCCCGGGUUCAUCGAACAUCAGACAUAUUUCGAAUCCUGGGUCCUUCGGAAUGUACUCUCUGAACUCAAAAACACCAUCUUGUUAAAUCGAAAGCUUCUCUGGGAACCUCGGGUCUUAACAAACGUCUCUAAGUUGUUAACGCAGCUCGUGGAAACUCUUUACGAGGGCUGGUUUAUAGAGGGCGCAACUUCUAUCUUAGAGUUUGCAGGGCCGAUCCUCGAAUAUUUACAGCAGCCUGAGGUUGCGAGUAUGAAGAGUAUUCGGCUAUGUAGCCAAGCAAUCUCUUCUAUCCGCUCGGUGGUGUCGCGCACCAUGUUGCUUCAGCUCUCUGAGGCAGAAGACUCUGACGUACUCGACUUUAUCAAAAAACUAACAUAUUGGCAAACAAUAAUUCUGUCCACCGAAGAUCCCCAGACAGAAUAUUUGCCUUUGAUAUGCUAUCUCCUCUAUUCUAAAUUGGUCAUGGAUGACGAAGGUGUUCGGUUGGCUGCGGCGAACUUGUGGCGGUUGCUUUUGGUACAGAAGCCGUCUGAAAUGUCAGCACUCCUGAACUACGCGAGUUCCCUCCUUCACAAACGCUUGUCUUCCGGUUUCCAAAAGCUUGUUGGUUUGGAUGACGCUAGCUUCCUACGCUGGGUUGACGACCAACGCGAUGAUCUUGAUUCAUUUUUCUUCGGCGCUCUGUCCAAACACUGGGAAAACUUUGUCCGUGACGAAAACAAUAGAACAGAGGAGCGUGCUCGAGUGAGACUUUCCAAGCGAAAGGAUAAGUUAAAGCUGUGGGAUCAAGUCGAUACAGCCCAGGAGGAAGUUCUCCGGAAACAUGAAACCACCUUUGACCACUGGACAUCAAACAUCUUCACCUCUGAACACCUUAAGCAUCAACGAUCGUUGCAAGAUCAGCAGGACAAUUUCUCUUUUUUAUCUUCAGCUUUCGCCAAAAUGUACCGUGACUUGAGGCGAGAUAACGGGAUUCUGGCAGGAACCAGUGAAACGAAAUGGCGUCUUGACCAAACUGAAGGCAGGGAUAGGAUGAGACUGCGAAUAACUCCGGACGACACAGCUGGAGCGCAAAACUACCAACCAAAGCGCAGAACGUCUCAUGAGCCUCCUAAUAUUAAACUGGACAGACGAAUUCGUGCUAUUGGAAAGGACCUCCUGGGCGUUACACCUACUACAAUGGCUACUGAGCCCUCCGAAUCUGAAAAUCAAGUUGAACCCCCAGCUGAGGUGCAGAACAGCGAUCCUGAUGACAGAUCUGGCCUUGAAGAAAGCUUUGAAAUGAUUGAAGACCCUAUGGAUGGGCAGGAUGACUAUGAGGACAAGAAUAGGAAGGUCAUGAGAAGUCUUCAUCGGGGAGAUCAAGUUCAGCAUGUUUGCAAUGUCUCUAGAAUUGUGGGGCUGGAAGCGUGUGAGGGACUUUUGAUCCUCGGGAAAGAUUCUGUCUAUAUUCUGGAUAACUUCUUCCAACGGGCCGAUGGCGAAGUCGUCAAUGUUUGGCAAGCGUCUCCUGAAGAACGAGACCCCUAUGUCCGCAUGAUUUCUGGCCGCGAAUCUGAUGAUCGACGAGUGAAUAACGGAGAACAUGGAACGAGGAGCUGGAAAUGGUCCCAGGUAAUUAGUGUAUCGAAACGGCGAUUUUUAUUCCGCGAUGUUGCACUGGAAAUAUUUUUUGCCGACGGUCGAAGCUAUUUGCUCACAAUGGUCUCCCGCACGCUUCGGGAUGAGUUAUCCUCACUUCUCUCGUCUUGCGCCCCUCAAAUAAGCGGAUCCGGAAACGCCUCGCAGAGCGAAGAAAUGUGGAGAUUCGAAGCUUUGCGCAAUCAGGAGGAGAAUCCUCAGUUCUUCAGGGCGAAAAUUGCUAACGUGUUUAACCAAAAUCCUACCAACCCAGCUACUCGAAAAUGGAUCAAGGGUGAAAUGUCUAAUUUUCAUUACCUGAUGUUUGUUAAUACGAUGGCCGGACGGACGUUCAAUGACCUGACACAAUACCCCGUAUUCCCAUGGGUGCUUGCCGAUUAUACAAGCGAUGAGCUAGAUCUGGCAAACCCUAAGACUUUCCGUGAUUUGUCAAAACCGAUGGGAUGCCAAACUCCAGAUCGGGAAGCAGAAUAUAGAAGCCGAUACCAAUCCUUUGCCGAGAUGGGCGACCAUAAUGCACCUCCGUUUCAUUAUGGGACACACUAUUCUUCAGCUAUGAUUGUGACCUCAUACCUCAUCCGCCUUCAGCCAUUUGUCAAGUCAUACCUUCUGUUGCAAGGAGGAACAUUUGACCAUGCUGAUCGAUUAUUUUAUUCAAUCCCCAAGGCAUGGGAAUCCGCAUCCAAAACUACCAUGACGGAUGUGAGGGAAUUGAUCCCCGAAUUUUUCUAUCUGCCCGAAUUCCUGGUAAAUACGAACAAAUAUGAUUUUGGGCUCAGACAAAACGUAUCUCAAUCGAUAGAUAAUGUCGAGUUACCUCCUUGGGCUAAAGGAGAUCCAAAAAUAUUUAUUGCCAAACAUCGGGAAGCCCUCGAGAGCCCGUACGUCUCGAAAAACCUCCCUCAAUGGAUUGAUCUAGUAUUCGGCAAUAAGCAGAAAGGAGAAGCAGCUUUGGAGGCAGUGAAUGUGUUUCACCAUCUGUCCUAUCAAGGUGCUAAAGAUCUGGACACCAUCGACGAUCCCGUCGAGCGCUUAGCUACGAUAGGCAUUAUCCAUAAUUUUGGACAGACUCCACACCAGGCAUUCCAAAAAUCCCACCCACAGAGAGAAGAGGUAGCCCAGAAGCAGAAACGGUUGGAUACGGCGGCAGAGUCCCUAACUCGCUUACCUAUGACAUUGCUCGAUAGCCAAGAACGAGUAUCAUCGCUAUUAUUCUCAUGGAAACAAGAUCGACUACUCUGUUCGGCCGCGUUCAGACUCAAUAUUCCGCCGAAUUAUGACAAGUACAUUGAGUGGGGUUUCUCUGAUGGCAGUGUUAGAUUCUAUGCCGCUGAUAGUAGGAAGUUGAUCGGCCAUUUCGAGCACCUCCAUAUAGGUCAACUGUCUGGUGCCUUAUUUGCAGAUUCUCAGACCCUAAUCACCUCCGGGACGGAUUGUACAGUCUCGGUGUGGUCGUUUACAUCGACAUCCAAGUCGGCAGAUCUUCAUCCGAAAGCUACACUAUUUGGACACCGGUCGUUGGUCACGACUCUUGCGGUUUCAAGAUCCUUCAGCACAGUCCUGUCCGCCUCCAAGGAUGGAAAAAUAAUGCUAUGGGAUCUAAAUCGCCUAGAAUUUGUCCGAUCGUUACCGAAUCAAGGACCUGUCGAUUGUGCACGCAUCAACGAUGCCACCGGGAAUAUACUCGUCUGCCAUGGAAAUCGUAUCAGCCUCUAUACACUAAACGGAGCAUUGCUUCUUGAUCAAGCGGUGUGCGAACAGGCUGAUGAUUGCAUAUUGUCCUGUGCUUUCUACGAAGGGGUCAGUAACGAAUGGCUAGCACGGGAGCUAUUAUUUACAGGUCACAAGCGCGGAGUCGUUAAUAUCUGGAGUAAAACAAUCCGGAAUGGCCGAUUCGAACUCGAUCUAAUCCGCCAGUUACACCAUGUGGACAACACCCGCGGAGACGGGGCCAGAAAUGCUUCUGCGGGUAUUAGCUGUAUUUUACCGUUGGCGCAGUCUGUUUAUACCGGUGACGAGGCUGGACGAGUUUAUGAAUGGGACUGUGUGCAGCGCCAUUAA